CCGGAUGACGGCCGAGCGGAUGACGGCGCGGCGGCGGCGCGAGUGGAUGACGGAGCUUCGCCGGGGCGAGAACCGCCGACGCGAGAACCGCCGGCGCGAGAGGACGCGGGCGAAUCGCCGGUGGAACGCGAACCAGAGGCGUCCGAGCGCGACGCGAAGAUGAUCGAAGAGUUGAGACGCGCGCUGAGCGCGUCGCUUCCGAAGAUGCCGACGCCGAUGAAAUCUGCGUCCAAGCCGUCGAGGUCGGGUCGAAGCGAUUCGGUUCGAGAGGUCCCCAAACCUUCGCCCGCGAUGGCGCGCGCGGUGAGCUUUCGAUUGGCAGAAGAUGGACUGAAGAGUGAAGAGUUGAACGGGAGCGGUGAAGAGAACUCGGGUGAGAGAAGAGACCGCGCGGCGGCACUUCGCGACGUGGAAGCGACGGCGAAACGGACGCGACAGGAGCUGAGACGACAAGCCAGAGUUGCAGUCGCGAGAGACGUGGCGGCGGAGGCGGGCGAGGGAGAAGCGCAAGUACUCGACGUGGUCCCGCCGCCUGAAACGCUUCAGCUUCCGCCUCGCGCAUCGAGCGUGAAGAAGCGAGAAGGCGCGACUCGAUGGACGAAGCCGGCGAACGCGUACGAGACGAAAUUAGAGAAACUUCUAGCCAUCGCCGAGCGCGCGGGUUCGAACGCUGAGCGCGUUCGGGAUGAGAUAACUCAACUUGGCGAGCGCGUCGACAGUCUGAACAAGCCAGUGCACGUCCAACCGUGGCAGGAGCGAGGGAACUCGUGGGCAGGAGAUAUGAAGAGUUCUCGUCGCGACAAUUCCGAGCGAAGUUCCAGCGCUGGUACGAUCCUGAACCCGAAAAACGCGAAAUCUCGCGAGAUGCGGACGCAGUUUGAAAACGCGAGCAGUCAGGGCGAAGCGGUGUCCCCGACCACGCCAGAGAGGCCGAAGAUGGUCACCUCGGUACUGCGCUCGGACCUGCUCAAAUCUAUGGGAGUGAUGAGUGCGGAGGAGAAACUCGCGAGACUCGGGCUGAGAUCCGUCCCGGAGGACGAAGGCAUGAGUUCAGAGACGGGUACGAGCUUUGCUCGGGCGUCCACCGCGCCGAGACGCGCCUGGAAUGACCGCGUUUCGAAGGCGAAAUCGAACCACAGCGAUAGUGAGUACGGCAUGAUGAAAGUUUCACCGCCUCCGCCAAGUCUGAGGAGUCAGACUUCCAAAAGUCAGGCCCGAGACGCGCUGGAUGAGUCUCCCACGAUGAACUACGUUGACCAACUCAAGGCGCAGGCAAAACUCGCUCGAGCCGAGAGCGCGAAGUCGUGGAAGCCGGGAAGAGGAGUGAAAUCCGGCGCCGCUCAACUCUAG